AUGUCUUCUCUAACCUUCUAUACCAUGGCCAUCUCGCCCGCCAUCAGCGCCAUGAAAAACGCUCGCGCCUUCAUAAAAAAGGGCCACGAACACGCCCUCUCCAAUAACAUCGACCCCGAAACCCUUCUCACUGCAACCCUACACCCUGAUAUGAAAGACUUCCGGUUCCAAAUCUACCGCUUGACCGACGCCGUCAAGUUCAUGCCGCCCCGCAUCAACCCAGCGCUCGAAACCAUUACGCUGCCAGACGACGAACAGACGUUCGAGGAACUGGAGGCUCGCAUCGAGAAGACGCUCAAGUACCUUGAGAAGUUCAAGCCUGCUGAUUUUGAGGGUAAGGAGGCGAAUGAGGUGCUGAUGAAGUUCCAUAAUGGCUCGCAGAUAAGAUUGCCAGCCGUAGAUUAUGUGUACAAGUUUGCGCAUCCGAAUAUGUGGUUCCACAUGACAACUGCAUAUGGCAUUCUCAGGAUGAAGGGUGUGGAUGUAGGCAAGUUUGAUUUUUUGAAUGGUGCAAAGGAAAUCGUAAUUGAAAAGGGGGAGGAGCAAAAAUAG